GUGUGUGUCUGUGUGUGUGUGUGUGUGUGUGUGUGUAUAUGUCUGUGUGAGUGAAUGUGUGUGUGUGGCUUUAAGAAGCCAGCGAGAGCGCUGCGAUUGGUCGCUGCUGCAUGUAUAUGACAUGUAGCCUAGUCAGUUUCCCACCAAUCAGCGCCUGUAAUUUCCAGUAGAUGGCGGGAAAUAUGAAUUUCGCGGCACAAGCUUUGGCGCCAGAGGCUGAGACUCUGACUCUGAAUCAGACUGUGUUCAGGAGCUGCUAUAGUUUCUGCAGCCAUUUUUCCCCUCUGAUUCAGAGGGGAUCCAUUCACAAUCCAUUGCAUCCUGCUGAAUCCAUAGCUGCACCAGGAGCGGGACACCCUGCAGUUUAAUCCCGGGACUCUGCUGAUCAUUUAUAUGGUUACAUUUGUUGACUUUGCAUUUUAUUUUACAGAUAAAACCCGGGUUGAAAGCAGUCUUUUUUUCUUUUGCCCCCUCCCUCCCUCUCUCCUCUCCCUCUCUCUCGUUGCAAACAAAAGGGGGGAGAGAGUGGGGGGAAGAUUACUGCUUUGCAAAACAUGCCAAAGGGGAUCUCUCCUGCCCCGGGCAGGGGCAUCAUUAGGGUCGUCUCCAGCUCCCAGAAAAAAGUUGUUAAUAUGGAAAAUGGAGGCACGGGUUUGUGCAGUCCCCAAGUCCCAAAUAUACCUUAUUUAACUCAGAAUGUAGGAGCAAUAUACUCUGACCACAGUGGGGACUGCCUGUACACGACCCCGCAUGGACCUGAACUUAAAACAAUAAGGCGUAUCGCAGGCCGGUUGCCGGCAAAACGGAAGUUGGACCUGGAAGGCGGUGGGCACCAGUAUUUACAGGAAUUUCGAACUCCGAAAGGAAAAGGCAAAAUGCCUGCCAGGAUUCCCAGUCCAAAAACCCCCAAGUCCCCGGGAGAGAAGACGAGGUAUGACACAUCGCUCGGGCUCCUGACCAAGAAGUUUGUCCACCUGCUCAGCGAGUCCCCGGACGGAGUCCUGGACCUGAACCGGGCGGCGGAAGUCCUCGAGGUUCAAAAGAGACGCAUUUACGACAUCACCAAUGUUUUGGAAGGAAUCCAGCUGAUCAGGAAGAAAUCCAAAAAUAACAUCCAGUGGAUGGGCCGCAGUUUGUUUGAGGACACGUCGGUUGCGGAGAAGCAGCAGUGCCUGCGGCAGGAACUGUCUGAUCUCGUGUGGAAGGAGAGGUCCCUCGAUGAACUGAUCCAGCGCUGCAGCACCCAGCUGAAGGUGUUGACGGAUGACGAGGAGAACCAAAGGCUGGCGUACGUCACGUACCAAGACAUCCGCUCGAUCGUCAGCUUCCAGGACCAGACGGUGAUUGCAGUGAAGGCCCCGCCAGAGACCAGGCUGGAGGUGCCCGACAUCUGUGAGGAGAACCUUCAGAUUUACCUCAAGAGCACCAAUGGCCCAAUCGAGGUGUACCUGUGCCCGGAGGAGGCGGUGGAGGAGAACAGCCCAACAAAGUACUUAACGCCCAAGAAGGAGGAAGGAGGGAGCGUGACUUCCUCAGCGGUCAACCCCAGCCCCCCAGCCUCAGCCCAGGCAGAGCCUGACCCUCCCAAAAUCGUCUGCAAGCUGGAAAUCAAAGAGGAAGUUUCGGAGGACCUGAAGCCGGUUUUGCCGAGCUCCCUGUUGGACUGUGAAGACGGUGUCCUGGGUCUCCCCCACCACCUUCUCCAGCAGACCGAGGACCAGCUGCCGUCCACCUCCUAUUCAGACGCCCCUUUUGUCAGCUUCUCGCCGCCCUUGGACAGGGAGGACUACCUGUGGAGUCUGGAGGACGGCGAGGGUGUCAGUGACCUCUUCGACUCCUACGACCUGGACGACCUGCUCCACAACUAGCCUGGUCCGUGUGUGUGUGUGUGUGUCCCUCGGCUGGAGUGGACACCAGCCCCCCCCCCCCCCCCCCAACCUCAUCGCCCUGAAGGGUUCAUCUCCUCGCAGCGGACAAUGGAUUACUGGGUCGCAGCGACUGUCGAGGAAGGAAUUCACCCCUCCCAUAGUUUACACUGUGGAUGCUUGAAGGAGCAGUCUGCAUGCAAGGCUGAAUCAAGUUGCCUCUUGGGUCUUGGUGCUGAUAUACGACGUUUUGAUCAGGCGCUGGAGAACUGAUCACCAUAUCUCGGGCGUCCGUUCUGCAAAGCCCAUUUGUACCUUCAGGUCGGGCUGUUUAGAGGAGGGUGUCUCACCUUCACUGGAAUUACCCUAUUGUUCGGUGGUUCAAUGGUGUUUUUAUUGUUGCGCGUGUGUGUGAAGUGCUAAUUCUUUUUCACAGUAGAAUAUUGCCAAUUACUGCUCUACCGGACUGCUAAUUAACCCUCGAUUAAUUAGGUUUGCCACCAUUUUCAAAGUCCACGCUCUUUUCUUAUGAGGGAGCGAUGCCUGUUCCAGGUGAGUCCCAGGCAGCUCUCUUCCCCCCCCCCC